GGGGGGGGGGAGCUGUUGCCCAAGUUUGGAGUAGCCAGGAGGAAGGCAUGGCCAGCCGUUGAGAAAUGCUUGUUGAAGUCUUCGAUUAUCACGGAUUUAUCGGUGGUGACCGUGUUACCUAGCCUCAGUGCAGUGGGCAGCUGGGAAGAGGUGCUCUUGUUCUCCAUGGACUUUACAGUGUCCCAGAGCUUUUUGGAGUUAGAGUCCCCAUUAGUCUCUAGUCCCCCCAUUUGAAGAAUCCUAAGAAUUUGCACAAAUUCACUUAUACUGUAUUAAAAUAGUCAAAAGUUUAGUAUUUUGUCCCAUAUUUCUAGCAUGCAAUGUCUAGAUCAAGCUUGUGACUCUACAAUCUCAUUGGAUGCAUUCAGUUUGUUUUGGUUGUGUUUUUGAAUAUGUUUUGCCCAAUAGGAAUUGAAUGGUGAAAGAUGACUGGAGAAUUUUCUUUCUAAGUUGAUAAGAUGUUUCUGAACACGUCUAAGUUAAUCCUGAUAAUGCCAUGAUUAAGAAAAUUCAUGAAUGAAUCAUGAAUAAUGAUGAGUGAGUUGCUGUUCAAAGGCUACAAAAAACAUGCUAAUCUCAUCAUUACCAAUAGCAUUUUUUGGGGGGGGGUGAUUGUUCUGCCCCUGUACGCCUAACUACUCAUGAUUAUUCACAAUCCAUUCAUGAUUAUCCAUCAUUUUUCACCUAGUCAGCUCAGGGAUAUGAACCAGCGAUCUUUCAGUUAAUGCCCCAAGGCUUUUAACCACUAGGCUACCAGCAGCCCCAUAUGUACCUGCCGUUUAAGCCAUAUAUCAUUCAACCAUUUUUCUUUGUGGUUAAAGGUUAACUUACAAUAUGUUUGAUCAUCUUGACAUUGCAUCGAAACUUAUUUCUAAAUAUGUGUUGUAGAUCAGCUUCCUGAAAUGUGGCAUUGAGUAAUUGUGUGUUUUAUCCCAGUUGAACACCUUUUUUGUUAUUCUGGCAUAUUGAUAAGGAGGUUCCAUAACCUAAUCAUUUCACUCCUCUGUCUUACUUCACAGCGCUCCCAACCCAUGUCUCCUUCAAUAGCUAGAUGUGGGGAAAACCUAUGCACUCCCAGAAAACAUUGUAUGGCUCUAUUCUGAAAGAGUUUGCUGUUUUGGAUUCUUUCAAACCCCAGAUUUCAGGAGUUCAGAAAAGGACACACACAUGAAUUAUAGAGCUAUGAAUAUGUACGAUAGCCAAGGUCUUUACAGAUUUUAAGUUGACCCCAAUGCUCUACCUGCAGUAUCUGUUAUAGGUCUUUAUACCCUCCUCAAAGGUCAUACAUUCAUCAAAAAGGAAUCAGAGGUAUAUACACUGAGUGUACAAAACAUGAUUAACACCUGCUCUUUCCAUAAAAUAGACUCACCAGGUGAAUCCAGGUGGAAGCUAUCAUCCCAUAUUGAUGUUACUUAUUAAAUCCACUUCAAUCAAUGUAGAGGAAGGGGAGGAGACAGGUUAAAGAAGGAUUUUUAAGCCUUGAGACAAUUGAGACAUGGAUUGUGUAUGUGUGCCAUUCAGAGGGUGAAUGGGCAAGACCAAACAUUUAAGUGCCUUUGAACGGGGUAUGGUAGUAGGUGCCAGGUGCACCGGUUUGAGUCAAGAACUGCAACACUGCUGGGUUUUUCAUGCUCAACAGUUUCCUGUGUGUAUCAAGAAUGGUCCACCACCCAAAGGACAUCCAGCCAACUUGACACAACUGUGGGAAGCAUUGGAGUCAACAUGGGCCAACAUCCCUGUGGAACGCUUUCGACACCUUGUAGAGUCCAUGCCUUGACGAAUUGAGGCUGUUCUGAGAGGGUGCAACUCAAUAUUGGGAAGGUGUUCGUAUAUGAGCAAGUGUAGUUUAGGGGCAUUGUUCCAAAAUUCCAAAAUCAAAUCAAAAAUCUGUGUGAUCACCCUCUCCGUAGGCGAGGUAUGAAUACUUCUUAGUUUACCCUUAAUCUGGGUUUUACCUGGGUUUAUCUUGGUUAAUCAUUCAUCUCCAUUUUGUACACCAGAGAAUGACAGUGUUCAACAUACCUUGCCGAACAAUCUCACUCUCUUCAAGGAUGACAAUAUAAUCUGCAUACAAUAGUUUACCCAGGGUCGUGUCCUAUAAUUUAACUCCUAGAUUAGCAUGCUUGAUUUGCUGGGCCAAGUCAUUCACCAAAAGGGCAAACAACGUUUGGGAAAGCACACUUCCUUGUUUGACUCCAAACAGAAACCAUCCAGUCUUCAACUCAUGUACCUGUAUACGGGAGACUGGACCUCUACAUAGAGAUUUAAUUGCAUCCAAUUAAUUGCAACUGAGUUAGGAAGGAUGCCUGUAUCUUUGUAGUGACUGGGUGUAUUGAUACACCAUCCAAAUUGUAAUUAAUAACUUCACCACGCUCAAAGGGAUAUUGAAUGUUUGCUUUUUACCUAUCUACCAAUAGGUGCCCUUCCCUUCCCCUUUCCCUUUAUUUGCGAGCCUUUGAAAAAACUCCCUGGUCUUUGUGGUUGAAUCUGUGUUUGAAAUUCACAGCUCUACUGAGGUACCUUACAUAUAAUUAUAUGUGUGGGGUUCACAGAUGAGGUAGUCAUUAAAAAAUCAUGUUAAUAACUUCUUCGGGAUCGGUGGGUCCCCUGCAGGAUGGUUGAGCUAACGUAGGCUAAUGCUAUUAGCAUGAGGUUGUAAGUAACAACAAAAUUUACCAGGACAGACAUAUCUGAUAUUGGCAGAUAGCUUAAAUUCUUGUUAAUCUAACCGCACUGUCCAAUUUACAGUAGCUGUUACAGUGAAAGAAUACCAUGCUAUUGUUUGAGUAGAGUGCAUGAUUUUGAACAUGAAAAGUUAUUAAUAAACAAAUUAGGCACAUUUGGGCAGUCUGAUACAACAUUUUGAACAUAAAUGAAAUGGUUCAUUGGAUCAGUCUAAAACUUUAGACAUACACUGCUGCCAUCUAGUGGCCAAAGUCUAAAUUGCACCUGGGCUGGAAUAAUACAUUAUGGCCUUUCUCUUGCAUUUCAAAGAUGAUGGUAAAAAAAAAAAAAUACAAAAGAACGGUUGGUUUUUUCUUGGUAUUAUAUUUUACCAGAUCUAUUGUGUUACAUUCUACUACAUUCCUUUCACAUUUCCAUAAACUUCAAAGUGUUUCCUUUCAAAUGGUAUCAAGAAUAUGCAUAUCAUUUCUUCAGGGCCUGAGCUACCGUCAGUUAGAUUUGAGUAUGUAAUUUUAGGAAAAAUUGAAAAAAAUAGGGGCUAAUCCUUAACACUAUUACUGGACACAGAGUCAGUCGAUGCAACUUAUUAUGUUACUUGUUAAGCACAUUUUUACUCCUGAACUUAUUUAGGCUUGCCAUAAAUAACAAACAGGUUGAAAACUUAUUGACUCAAGGCAUUUCAGCUUUUCAUUUGUAAUUCAUUUGCAAAAUCUUGACAUUAUGGGAUAUUGUGUAUUAGGCCAGUGACAAAAAAAUCGCAAUUUAAUCUAUUUUAAAUUCAGGCUGUAACACAACAAAAUGUGUAAAAAGUCAAGGGGUGUGAAUACUUUGUGAAUGCAAUGUAAAUCUAUACAAGGCAUGUUUAAUGAAACACAAUCUCAUGUACAAGUAAUUCUGACAUUUCCAAAUACUGAGUCAACCUGUUGUUUAGCAUCCCAGAGUUUAACAUGCAGACUAUGCUAAUAAUGCGGAUGCGUUUGUAAUUGAAUGGGACCCCUGGAUCAUUCUUUGAUGACUCUGGGAUUAGUUUAAUGAUAGCUUUGUACCCAGUUGAAGGAAUGAUACCAUUUUCAAAACACAUUUGGAAACGUCAGAAUAGAGUCAGCUGUAACUUGGGAGACUUUAAGACCUCAAUAUGAGGCUCGUCCAUUCCUGUUGAACUAUGCUUUUUGAACAAGUUUUGUGUCUGUGCAGUUGCAGAUGGAUGUAAGGAUGUGAGUCCAUGCACAGUUCAUUCAGAAAGUAUUCAAGAUCCCUUGACUUUUUUCACAUUUUGUUACGUUACAUCCUUAUUCUAAAAUGUAUUAAAUUGUUUUUUUCCUCAUCAAUCUACACACAAUACCCCAUAAUGACAAAGAGAAAACAGGUUUUAGACAUUUUUGCAAAUGCAUUAAAAAUUACACUGAAAUAUCACAUUUACAUAAGUAUUCAGACCGUUUACUCAGUACUUUGUUGUAGCACCUUUGGCAGUGAUUACAGCCUUGAGUCUUCUUGGGUAUGAAGCUACAAGCUUGGCACACCUGUAAUUGGGGAGUUUCUCACAUUCCUCUCUGCAAAUCCUCUCAAGCUCUGUCAGGUUGGAUGGGGAGUGUUGCUGCACAGCUAUUUUCAGGUCUCUCCAGAAAUGUUCAAUCAGGUUGAAGUCCGGGCUCUGGCUUGGCCACUCAAGGACAUUCAUAGACUUGUCCCGAAGCCACUCCUGCAAUGUCUUGGCUGUGUGCUUAUGGUUGGUGUCCUGUUGGAAGGUGAACCUUCGCCCCAGUCUGAGGUCCUGAGCACUCUGGAGCAGAUUUUCAUCUCUGAUCUCUGAUCUCUCUGUACUUUGCUCAUCUUUCCCUUGAUCAUGACAAGUCUCACAGUCCCUGCCAUUGAAAAACAUCCCCAAAGCAUGAUGCUGCCACCACCAUGCUUCACUGUAGGGACGGUGCCAGGUUUCCUCCAGACGUAACGCUUGGCAUUCAGGCCAGAGAGUUCCAUCUUGGUUUCAUCAGACCAGAGAAUCUUGUUUAUCAUGGUCUGAGAGUCUUUAGGUGUCUUUUGGCAAACUCCAAGUGGGCUGUCAUAUGCUUUAAACUGCGGAGUGGCUUCUGCCUGGCCACUCUACCAUAAAGGCCUGAUUGGAGGAGUGCUGCAGAGAUGGUUGUCCUUCUGGAAGGUUCUCCUAUCUCCACAGAGGAACUCUGGAGCUCUGUCAGAGUGACCAACGGGUUCUUGAUCACCUCCCUGACCAAGGUCCUUCUCCCCUGAUUGCUCAGUUUGCUGGGUGGCCAGCUCUAGGAAGAGUCUUGGUGGUUCCAAACUUGUUCCAUUUAAGAAUAAUGGAGGUCACUGUGUUCUUGGGGACCUUCAAUGCUGCAGAAAUGUUUUGGUACCCUUCCCCAGAUCUGUGCCUCAACACAACCCUGUCUCGGAGCUCUACGGACAAUUCCUUCAACCUCAUGGCUUGGUUUUUGCUCUGACAUGCACUGUCAACAGUGGGACUUUAUAUAGACAGAUGUGUGACUUUCCAAAUCAUGUCCAAUCAAUUAAAUUUACCACAGGUGAACUCCGAACAAGUUGCAGAAACAUCGCAAGGAUGAUCAAUGGAAACAGGAUGCAUCUGAGCUCAGUUUCAAGUCUCAUAGCAAAGGGUCUGAAUAAUUAUGUAAAUAAGGUAUUUCUGUUUUUUGUUUUUGGAUAUAUUUGCAAAAAAAAAAAAAACCUGUUUCCACUUGGUCGUUAUAGGGUAUUUUGUGUAGAUUGCUGAAGUAAAAAAAUAUUUAAUCUAUUCAAGAAUAAGGCUGUAAAAUAACAAAAUGUGGUCAAAGGUUAUGAAUACUUUCCGUGUACAUGUGUAUGUGUACAUUUUGUGUACAUUUUGUAUGUUUGUGUGUAUAUGCAUUUGUGCAUGCAUGCAGCCGUGCACAUUUUUGUGUCUUUUUCUGUGCGCACGUGUGUUUAUACUCCAAGUCCAUUCACCCUGACCUGUGCCAUCUCUGUCUCUGUCUCUCUGUCUCUGUCUCUCUGUCUCUAUCUCUGUCUCUCUCUGCGUCUCUCUCUCUCUGUCUGUCUCUGUCUCUGCCUCUGUCUCUGUCUCUCUCUCUCUCGCUCUCUCUUUCUCUUUUUUUUCUUUCUUUCUUUUUCCCCACCCCCGGGUCUCAACACAGACGUUUAGAAUGAAUGGAUACAGGGAGAGGGGUUAAUCAAGUGCGGAGGUGGAAUAGAAUGCAGACUUCAGAUAUCUCAAUUGCAUUAGUAUGGACUGCUCAGCUGCAUUGAUUUAUGGUUUAAUCUAUUUUAUUGUUGCUUUUAUUUGUCAUUUCUGAUACAGUAUGUGUUUUGUUGACAGGUUUAUAUUCCAGCACUGUGUAAGGUCAGAUAAUACCACUUGAACUUUGCACUCUUGUAAACCUGCCCCCUUUCAUUGAUUUCUGAUGUCUUUCUGAGCUUUUUUUUUUUUUUUUACUAGCAAAAACUUCUUCAGGUCAGGGGUCAGUUAUUGGAUUGUGGAAGUAAAGCUGCUAUUAUUGGAUUUACUGUAGUCAAGCUAUACUUAUUUUUUCUAAGGUUUCUGGUUGAAACCACAAUCAGCACAAAGCGCAAUAGUCACUUUUGUGUAAUCAGUGACCAAUACCAUUAAAUUCCAACGGAACUCACUGUGGAUGAAGAACCCUUGGCUAGUUAGCAAAGCCUGUAAGCUACACUAAUAUCAUGUGAAGUGUCAUGUGAUGAAUGUGAUCAGCCAUUAGGGCUUUAUAGAGGGUUAGAGUGGGUUAGAUAGGGUUAGAGUGGGUUAGAGUCCAGACAUCACCAUCCUGCUUUUAUUUAAUUUAGGACACUCUGAUGGGCCCCUGGUCAAGUAGGGGCCACCCCAGACCCCCUCUGCCCCCUAUUUAAACUCAUAUCAGAGGCACGAUUUCAACCUAGUUGACUCCAUACAACACGGCCUUCCUCAGUCUUGUAAAAUUGGGGGCCAUUGAUAGUGUUCAUAGCCACACAGGUGAGGUUGUGGGUUUACAGAGGUCCUUUGUGUUUUAUGAGUCCUGGGGGACACUGUAGUGCUGUAUGUGGGCCUGGACAUUAACUUACAUGGAGAGUUCAGAGAGAACCCACUCCUCUAAUUCAAACAUAUUUUGCACACAUUGAAAUAUGCACACCAACACAAACACACACGCACAUGAACACAUAUACAGAAACACAGUACAGGUUUUCUGGACAGGACUUCUCCAGACGACUCUAAACCACCUUACGCUACUAACACAGACACACACAGUUCACACACACACUUUGACAAUACGAGCGGUUUAUGUCUCCGACCAUCUGCUCAUUAGGUUUGCCUCAUUUAACAGGGACGCUCUGUGACAUCAUCACACAGGGACAGCCUGUCUGUCUGCACUCUGGGUCACACAUCAGCUGGCGCAGAAACAGAGGAAGUUCAGAUCACACAGAGAAGUCUAACUGUAAUUGGAUAAAGGCUACUAUGAGUGUGUUAUUAGACCUUAGGGUGUACAGCACCCACCUGGAUAAUGUACUCUGGGUAGAAGUCAACCUUAACCACAGAUAUGGGAUGAGCUGACCCUAACUUCACUGCAUCCUAACUUUAGAGAGCAGUGUAUAUGGGUAACUAUCUGACUCUGAAGAAUGCAUAACAGCUUGUUUAUUGCUAGAAUGAUCACCGCACAUCUGUUGGUCAACUGAAGAAUGGGAAUCUCAACCCUUUUAAUUGGCUUUUCCAAUGACAUAAGGCCCCACAAAUUACUCAACCCGCAAGUUAUUCUCUUAAAAUCUCCCACAUUAAUCAAGCUGUGUUAAUAUACUGUAUGUUAUUCAUGUUGUUAAAGUUGUCCAGACAUCCCUUACCAGUGUUCUCUCCACCCAAACACAAAAGAUCAAAGACUGUCUCUAACAACACAAUAUAGAGCUGACCCACUCUGUCCCUCUCCUCUUCGACCAAAACAAUCCCUCCCCCUCUUCCAACUGACCUCUCACAGCAGUGGUUGCCCCUGGCAACACCGAUAGGAACAGAUGCUGCGGAGCUGGCCCGCCUUUUGACCCCCAUUAACCUAUGACCCCUCUAGUUUCUGAAUGGGCGGGUCAUCCGAGAGGCCCCACCAGAACUGAAAAGAGUUUCUGUAUGUGGUUCUGGUCUUCAUAACCUGCCUGAGACACACGUCUAGGGUCAGACUGUGCCAUCACCAGCCCAAAUCCGAGCCUUACCAUUAAGCCAUGCCAUUAGGCGGUGUCACACUGAAGUCCUUCCCCUCCUGACAAAUGAAACAACUUUUUUAUGUGCUUUGAGGACAUUACAGUGCCACCUAUUCAGCCCGUUACCAAAGACUGUAGGCUCUCCUUCUCCGUGGCCAACGUGAGUAAAACAUUUAAACAUGUUAACCCUUGCAAAACAAAAGAGAUGAUCGUGGACUUCAGGAAACAGCAGAGGGAGCACCCCCUUAUCCACAUUGAUGGGACAGCAGUGGAGAAGGUGGAAAGUUUUAAGUUCCUCUGUGUUCAUAUCACCGACAAACUGAAAUUGUCCACUCAUACAGCCAGUGUGGUGAACAAGGCACAAUAGCAAAAAAAAUGUGGCUUGUCACCGAAAACCCUCACUAACUUUUACAGGUGCACAAUUGAGAGCAUCCUGUCAGGCUGUAUCACCACCUGGUACAGCAACUGCAUCCCCCACAACCGCAGGGUUCUCCAGAGGGUGGUGCGGUCUGCACAACACAUCACCAGGGGCAAACUACCUGCCCUCCAGGACACCAACAGCACCCGAUGUCACAGAAAGGCCAAAAAGAUAAUCAAGGACAAUAACCACCCGAGCCACUGCCUGUUCACCCCGCUUCCAUCCAGAAGGCGAGGUCAGUACAGCUGCAUCAAAGCUGGAACAGAGAGAUUGAAAAACAGCUUCUAUCUCAAGGCCAUCAGAUUGUUCAACAGCCAUCCCUAGCACAGAGAGGUGGCUGCUUACCUACAGACUUGAUAUCAUUGGCCACUUUAAUAAAUGGAACACAAGUCACUUUAAAUAAUGCCACUUUAAGAAUGUUUACAUAUCUUGCAUUAGUCAUCUCAUAGUAUGUAUAUCAUGUAUACUGUAUCCUUUACUAUCUAUUCUUUACUAUCUAUUGCAUCUUAAUUGCUCUGUCACUGAUCAUCCAUAUAUUUUAUACUUAUAUAUUCUCAUUCCUUUACUAGAUUGUGUGUAUUAGCUUUUGUUGUGGAAUUUGUUAGAUAUUAAGUUUUGUUGUGGAAUUGUUAGAUAUGACCUGUUAGAUACUGCUGCACUGUCGGAUCUAGAAGCAUAAGCAUUUCACUACACUCGCAAUAACAUCUGCUAACCAUGUGUAUGAGACCAAUAACAUCUGCCCACCAUGUGUAUGUGACCAAUAACAUCUGCUAACCAUGUGUAUGUGGCCAAUAACAUCUGCUAACCAUGUGUAUGUGACCAAUGAAAUGUGAUUUGAUUUGAUGUAAUGGAUGUAUUGAUCCAAUGUAAUAAGAUGUGUACUUGCUGUGUGCUGAUGGUUUCUGUCCUGUGUAUGUCUUAGGUACAGAGACCUAGUGGACACCACUCUAGCUUACAAGAAGAAGCUUUCAUCAGAGGAGAAAUGUCGCUUUGUUCUGCAGCAGUGCAAACUCCAAGGAUGGCAGAUGAGCAGCAGUAAGGUGUUUCUGAGGUACUGGCAAGCUGACCAGCUCAACGACCGCUGCCACCAACUACACAGGAAGAUCAUCAUAUGCCAGAAAGUGAUCCGUGGCUGGCUGGCCAGGCAGCGUGUGCGCCAUAGACUGUUGUCCCAGCCGACAAAAGACUGCAGUAUCCAGAGGUUCCUCCAGGGGGCAGAAGACCAGGGCCUGUGCACCUACGACCACCUGGUCAUCCAGAACGCCUCUGACAUCGCCCGCGAGAGCAACCACCAGCGCUGCCAUGGCAACGAGUCACACAGCAACAGUCCGCCCCUCGGUGAGAGGCCCGAGCCAGUUGGCGAAGAAGAGGACACCCCCAAAAGGGUUGUGGAGAAGAGCGGGAGAAACCAAGACGGCUCUGUCAAUGGGGGGAGCUGGAAUAUCCGCCACUUCCGCUCCAGCUCAGUGCCCAUCCCCCUGGCUGUAGAGAACUUGGUACAUUCCAGCCAUGGCCCAUCCAUCAGACCGGCCCUUCAACAGGCAGCCCAUACCACUGAGGAUGGGGGAGGCCUGGCAUCACCACGGAAACAGCCUCCCCCUAAACCCAAGCGGGACCCCAGCACUCGUCUGAGUGCAUCCUACGAGGCAGUCAGCGCCGGACUGACCCUGGGACCCCCGAGAGAGAGCCCCACUCCCGAGGGCUACGGGUCCCCUGCAGGGAGCCCCCCCAAAACACAGUUGUCCCCUACGGAUGCUCUGUCCAAGCCGCGACCCCACAGUGAUGACUACACCACCAUGAGGAAGGUGCCUCCUCCCAAGCCCAAGAGGAACCCCAACACAAAGCUCACUGGCUCCUAUGAAGAGAUCAACGCUGCCGGCUUUAACCUCCUCCAGCUCCGCCCCGCUGAUGUCAAACUGGCCCUGCUGUCCCGCACUGGAGGGCUAGGGGGUAUGGGGUGUCUGAGAGGGCUGAUGCAGCGUGCAGCAUCUGUGGACGGCCCACAGGGGGCGACACUGAGCCUGCACCAUGACCAGGAUGAGGAGGAUGUGUACAUAGAGAUGGUGGGGGCUCAGGCCAGGAGUUACAGUCUGGGAGGGAGUUACCAGGACCCCCCCGACAGCCCCGAGCAGGGAGACACCGAGGCCGUCUACGAGGAGAUGAAGUACUUCCUGCCCGAGGAGGCGGGACUUCCUGUGGGAGGGGCAAUUGCUGCGGCGAAGGCAGCUGGGAAGCUGGAGGCGUUAGGGUUGAUGUUAGGGGGGUUAGGGUUGGGCUUGUCUCCCUCUCAGAGUGGAGAGGGGAAGAGGGCAGGGCCAGGGGGUGUAUCUACUACUAUGGAGGCCCAAACAUCUGUCGCCGGAGGAAACAGCAAGCCCCCUCAUAGUAAAGAAGGAGGGUGUGACAUCCCUGCACCAUUCCCCAACCUGCUCACCCACCGCCCCCCUCUCCUGGUGUUCCCCCCCUCCCCUGUCACCUGUUCCCCUGCAUCUGACGAGUCGCCCCUCACCCCUCUGGAGGUGAAGAAGCUGCCUGUGUUUGAAUCCAACCUGAACUACGCCGGCCCAGACAGCCCUCUCUCACCUCAGUACUACCGCCAGCGCGCUGACUCCUCCCCCUCUCUUUCCGUCCUCCUCCCAGACAAGCCCACUCCUCCCCUCACCCCUCCGCCUCCCCCUCCUCCCGCCAAUGCCCUGCCUCCCCCCUAUCGCCCCCCAUCCCACUUCCCCUUCCCCCCAGAGUCCAACAUACUCUCCCUUACCCGGGCUGCUUCUAUCACGGGUGGGGGCGGCUUGGACUCUCCCAAGCCCUCCUACUCCUCCUCGUCUCAUAGGGCUGCGGGGGACAAGCCCCCUCCCUACUCUCCAGCCAAGUCCACCCGCCCAGAGCCGCGCCGUGCCCACUCCUGCUCAUCCUCGCCCCUGCUGUUCAACCCAGCCAAUGGGAGACCCCUGACCAGUCCUCAGCCAGCCCUGGAUGAGCUCAACACCCUGUUCAGCUCUGGACGCAGCCUACUCAAGAAGACCACUACAGGACGCAAGAUGAGGGAGGGAGGGUUCAACUCCAACAUCAACCUGCCAGGGAGAGAGGAGCACCCAGGCUCCACCCCCUCCUCCCCGUCUCCACAGCUACAGGACAAGAACGCCAACAACCACGCCCCCCACUCCCCAAGCCACACCCCCGUAGAGAAUGGCAACCGGCUGUCUAAUGGGUCAAUGGAAGAUGAGGGUCACACCAAGUCAAACUCCUCCAGCUCAUCAUCUCUGCACAGACAUAUGGACAGACAUCACACCCAGAGGGGUCAUCUCAACUUCUCACCUUUCGGUACAGGGGCUGCGCUCUAAGGCAGGGUGGCGCUGGGAGCACCCGUCACGUUUAGGGACGAGGUGAUCCAACAUCUGCGUGGGUGUGGGGGAAACGCGGGUGCUGACCUAGGGGAGGGGCGGGCCGACUGGAGGAACCAACGGGACACCAACGGAACACUAAGAUAGGAGGUCCUCUCCAUAGUGGGUGGAUGACCGACCGACCACCCCUCUCCUAUCCUCACACAGCCUCUCCUGUCUACACCCUGCCUCCUGCCCCUCCCUCCUGCACAAGUCUGCCACCCCAUUGGGCAAAGGACAGGUCCAUCAGAGAGUGAGACAAUGCAUAAGAUAAGACAAUCCAACCGACAAGAGCAUUUACAAAGAAAGGAGGGAGAAAUGGAAUAGAGCAGCAAUCACAAUCCAUGUCCCUCCUUCCUCUCUCUCUGUCUCUGUCUCUGUCUCUCUCUCUCUCGCCCUGUCAUCUGAUAGUAGGAGGGGGCUUGGCGUGACAGGGCAGGGAUUGCAGAAGUUCUGUGAACAGGGACUCUCCUCCAGCUCAGAACCCAGAGAGGGAGCCUCGUCAUUGGGCUAGAUCUGUGCCUAUGUGCAGAACAGAGCAUGUGUAUACCCUCCCUGUACAUAUCCUCUGUUGAAUAUCACUGGUCUGGUAUUCAGAACAGUCAUCAUCUCUAGGACCAGGAGGUUUUGUCCUCUGAACUCCUUCAGGUAUCAGCACGCUUUAGCCUCGCACAGGCUACUUGGUGCUUCAGGUGCUUCUGUAACCCUGGCAACAAUAGAUCAGAGGUCAAGGAAACCCCAAGGUGCACUUCUUUCCCCCCCUGCUAGCCACCAGCCUUUCGCUUUAGCACAAAACUGUAUGGAAGAGCCACAACAAACAUCAUACUGAGUGCAGAUAUAUACUGCCCCCACCGGCCCAGUGAUGGAUACUAAUCCCAGAAAACACGCUAAAAGUAUUACUGACUAGACAACACAAAAACAAAGCUGUAUUGACAACGAUGGGGAUAGUAUCUAGUUCAUGUCGAAAGAACGCCAUUGAUCAGAUUGUAUCAAUGUUCUGUAAGGUUUUUACUGGCCUUAGUGCCAUAUAACAGGAGGCCAGUCAAACUCAGCUGCAGAUAAUGUAUUUUACUGAUGUGUUCAUGUGUAAAGCACACAAACAGACUGAAUAGGGAACAGUGUAGAUGAACAACACACAACUAUCUCUGGCAGUCCCUCAAUGUACUUCUAAUCUAGAUUAUUUUACAAACAUCUCAGAGAAAUAAACUGUAGUUUCUUCAUAUUAGUACUUGCUUCAUAUUAGUGUCCCAUUCACAACUGAAUCAUUUGAUGUGUUCCAUCUUAUGUAAAACAAUGUUAGGAGUCUACAAGUUUCUGUAGAAUUCAAGGCUGCAACUCAAGCACAACUUAGUUGUCAAGUAAAGCUACCCUCAACCUCCUCAUUCCCCCACCCUGUCUCCUCAUUACCCUCCCAACCUCAAUGAUAUCCCAUCACCCACUCCAGGAUGCUGUAGGGGUUAGAGGGCGUUGCCAGGGUAACCUCCCUGUAAAUAAUGGCUGACGUUUAAUGUGGUUUUGACUAGAUGAGCUACAGCAUAUGUCAGAAUUGACUUUUCAUAGCAGGUUAGAAGAAUGUACGCAGCAGGUUAGGAGAAUUAGGUUGUUAGGAAAAGGGUUAGAGUUAAAAUGCUAAAAUGCUGUAUCCCAACUACCCAUGACCGUUUAAUGUCCAAAUGUUUUAUUUACUAUAGCAGAAGAGCACAGAAAUGGAAAGAUGGAAAGAUGGAAAGAGAAAAUUGUCUAUAUGGAAGAUAGAUUCAUGCAAUGACUGUGGCAAAGAGCAGAGGUUUAUUUUAUAAUGUGAAUACCUUUUUUUGCCAUAUGAUUGCCUAUUGAUAUGAAACUUCUUUAUACUGUAUUUAUCUUGUGUGUUUGUUUGAUUCCCUGUGACCCCAUUGUAAAACUGUUGUCAAUUUUCCAGUGGAGAAAGACUGAUGUUUCCAUCAUUUAUUUGUCUGAUUGUUGUUAGGAUGUUAAAUUGCACAAUAUUGAUGUGUGGAGUGGUGUCCACAUCGUAAAAAAGUAGCUAAAAAUUGCCUUUAACCACUGAUAUAGGAUCAAAUAUUUUCAACAUCCCCCUAAUGGUUAUGGUUAGUAUUGAGGGAAUGGUAAUCUGAUCCUAGAUCUGUGGUAAGGGGCAGCACUUAACACUGGCCAUGGUAAAUUGGAUGGGUGUGUCUGUGCAAGCCAUUUGAUCAUAGAAGAUUGAUGUCACUGUAAAACCCAGGAAGUAGCUCUGAUUGUUUUCUCAUGUACACUGAUCAUCCUCCAACACAUCUGAUUGAUCCUUUAAUAGGAAUUAGCAACGCUAUCACUAGCUCUAUCUUGGUUGUUGACCGCACCGUGUGUGUAUGUCAGUGAUAAGAUACACUCAAUUUAAACAGUAAUGAAGCUAGACAACAUCAGACACAGAUUAGGAGUGAGCCACUUAACCAGACAUGGCCGUGCCAGACCUUUGGUGGGGCAGGUGCUCAAAGCAACGCCACACCCUCCAAAAAAAUAAACCCUAAUUCCACUUUUCUACUGCUCCUGUAGCCAAAUUCUAAUUUGAAUUUAAAAUAUAAAAUAGGCCGUGAUUUUCUGCAAAAGACGGUCACUCAUCACACAUUGUAGGCUAAUCACGAUAGAACCAAAUAUGAAAAGGGAUUUAAGUAGCUGUCUGCUAGAACCACUACUGGGGUGGGCUAUAUGAGCUGAUCAUCUCUAAUGUAGGCUAGAUGAUUCAGCUAUUUAGGUAGGCUAUGAGGUCAAAACAAGCAAACUAGUCUUUACUUGAUUUAAAGUUUUUCUACUGACAAACAGUCGAAUUGCAGUUGUCCCCUUUCCUAUCCCUGACCAUGAGACAACACAUGCUAGCAACUCCAAAGUAACCUACUGCCGAUAUUCAUUUCAAACUCAAUACCUGGCGCCUGUGGGUAGCUAGUUCGUGCAUGUGACAAAGAGUGGGGGAUGGGACUUUCAUAUUUCUUUUAAGAGUUUAUGAAAUUAUCUAGAUUGAUCAGCAAUGUGUUGCAUUUAAAGUUACAAGAGAGGAAAGAAACCAAAAUAAAUUAAUACAAGUAAUUAGUUAUAAAAAAAAGGCCACUAAUCAAAAGGGCACUUUUUUCAUAGGAGGGCAAAAGGGCAGGUGCUCCAGGUCCACUAGGACUCUAUGUGGGUACGUCCCUGCAACCUUUUGAACACCCAAGCUCUGCUUUUCACUGACUGUGUGAAUGUGUAGAUGGUACUGACAGUUAACAUUAUGUUUCCAAAUGACAUCACCAAGAGGUAAAAUAUAUAGUAAAAACAAUAGUGGUCCUUAAACGGAACCUUGAGGAAAUCCGAAAUUUACAGUUGAUAUGUCAGAGAACAAACCAUCCACAGAGACAAACUGAUAUCUUUCCGACAGAUAAGAUCUAAACCAGGCCAGAACUUGUCCGUAUAGACCAAUUUCCAAUCUCUCCAAAAGAAUGUGGUGAUCAAUAGUAUCAAAAGCAGCACUAAGGUCUAGGAGCACGAGGACAGAUGCAGAGCCUCGGUCUGACGCCAUUAAAAGGUAAUAUACCACCUUCACAAGUGCAGUCUCAGUGCUAUGAUGGGGUCUAAAACCAGACUGAAGCAUUUCGUAUACAUUGUUUGUCUUCAGGAAGGCAAUGAGUUGAUGCGAGACAGCUUUUUCUAAAAUAUUUUUGAGAGGAAUGGGAGAUUCGAUAUAUGCCGAUAGUUUUUUAAAUAUUUUCUGGGUCAAGGUUUUACUUUUUCAAGAGAGGCUUUAUUACUGCCACUUUUAGUGAGUUUGCUACACAUCCGGUGGAGAGAGAGACGUUUAUUAUGUUCAACAUAGGAGGGCCAAGCACAGGAAGCAGCUCUUUCAGUAGUUUAGUUGGAAUAGGGUCCAGUAUGCGGCUUGAAGGUUUAGAGGCCACGAUUAUUUUCAUCAAUGUGUCAAGAGAUAUAGUACUAAAAAACGUGAGUGUCUCCCUUGAUCCUAGGUCCUGGCAGAGUUGUGCAGACUCAGGACAACUGAGCUUUGGAGGAAUACAAAGAUUUAAAGAGGAGUCCAUAUUUUACUUUCUAAUGAUCAUGAUCUUUUCCUCAAAGAAGUUCAUGAAUUUAUCACUGCUGAAGUGAAAGCCAUCCUCUCUUGGGGAAUGCUGCUUUUUAGUUAGCUUUGCGACAGUAUCAAAAAUACAUUUCGGAUUGUUCUUAUUUUCCUCAAUUAAGUUGGAAAAAUAGGAUGAUCGAGCAGCAGUGAGGGCUCUUCGAUACUGCACGGUACUGUCUUUCCAAGCUAGUCGGAAGACUUCCAGUUUGGUGUGGCACCAUUUCCGUUCCAAUUUUCUGGAAGCUUGCUUCAGAGCUCGGGUAUUUUCUGUAUACCAGGGAGCUAGUUUCUUACGAGAAAUGUUUUUUGUUUUAGGGGUGCGACUGCAUCUAGAGUAUUGUGCAAGGUUAAAUUGAGUUCCUCAGUUAGGUGGUUAACUGAUUUUUGUACUCUGAUGUCCUUGAGUAGGCAGAGGGAGUCUGAAAGGGCAUCUAGGAAUCUUUGGGUUGUCCGAGAAUUUAUAGCACAACUUUUGAUGAUCCUUGGUUGGGGUCUGAGCAGAUUAUGUGUUGCGAUUGCAAACGUAAUAAAAUGGUGGUCCGAUAGUCCAGGAUUAUGAGGAAAAACAUUAAGAUCCAUAAUAUUUAUUCCACGGGACAAAACUAGGUCCAGAGUAUGACUGUGGCAGUGAGUAGGUCCAGAGACAUGUUGGACAGAACCUAUUGAGUCGAUGAUGGCUCCGAAAGCCUUUUGGAGUGGGUCUGUGGACUUUUCCAUGUGAAUAUUAAAGUCACCAAAAAUUAGAAUAUGAUCUGCUAUGACUACAAGGUCCGAUAGGAAUUCAGGGAACUCAGUGAGGAACGCUGUAUAUGGCCCAGGAGGCCUGUAAACAGUAGCUAUAAAAAGGGAUUGAGUAGGCUGCAUAUAUUUCAUGACUAGAAGCUCAAAAGACCAAAACGUCUGUUUUUUUUUAUUAAUUGAAAUUUGCUAUCAUAAAUGUUAGCAACACCUCCGCCUUUGCGGGAUGUGCGGGGGAUAUGGUCACUAGUGUAACCAGGAGGUGAGGCCUCAUUUAACACAGUAAAUUCAUCAGGCUUAAGCCAUGUUUCAGUCAGGCCAAUCACAUCAAGAUUACGAUCAGUGAUUAGUUCAUUGACUAUAACUGCCUUGGAAGUGAGGGAUCUAACAUUAAGUAGCCCUAUUUUGAGAUGUAAGGUAUCACAAUCUCUUUCUAUAAUGGCAGGAAUGGAGGAGGUCUUUAUUCCAGUGAAAUUGCUAAGGCAAACAUUGCCAUGUUUAGUUUUGCCCAACCUAGGUCGAGGCACAGACACGGUCUGAAUGGGGAUAGCUGAGCUGACUACACUGACUGUGCUCGUGGCAGACUCCACUAAGCUGGCAAGCUGGCUAAGAGCCUGUUGCUUGGCCUGUGCCCUAUCUCAUUAUGGAGCUAGGGGAGUUAGAUCCCUGUCUAUGUUCGUAGAUAAGAUGAGAGCACCCCUCCAGCUAGGAUGGAGUCCGUCACUCCUCAACAGGCCAGGCUUGUUCCUGUUUUUGGGUGAGUCUCAGAAAGAGGGCCAAUGAUCUACAAAUUCUAUCUUUUGGGAGGGGCAGAAAACAGUUUUUAACCAGCGAUUGAGUUGUGAGACUCUGCUGUAGAGUUCAUCACUCCCCCUAACUGCGAGGGGGCCAGAGACAAUUACUCGAUGCCGACACAUCUUUCUAGCUGAUUUACACGCUGAAGCUAUGUUGCGCUUGGUGACCUCUGACUGUUUCAUCCUAACAUUUUUGGUGCCGACGUGGAUAACAAUAUCCCUAUACUCUCUACACUCGCCAGUUUUAGCCUUAGCCAGCACCAUGUUCAGAUUAGCCUUAACGUCGGUAGCCCUGCCCCCUGGUAAACAGUGUAGGAUCUUCAGAUUAGCCUUAACGUCGGUAGCCCUGCCCCCUGGUAAACAGUGUAGGAUCUUCAGAUUAGCCUUAACGUCGGUAGCCCUGCCCCCUGGUAAACAGUGUAUGAUCUUCAGAUUAGCCUUAACGUCGGUAGCCCUGCCCCCUGGUAAACAGUGUAUGAUCUUCAGAUUAGCCUUAACGUCGGUAGCCCUGCCCCCUGGUAAACAGUGUAGGAUCUUCAGAUUAGCCUUAACGUCGGUAGCCCUGCCCCCUGGUAAACAGUGUAUGAUCGCUGGAUGAUUCUUUUUAAGUCUAAUACUGCGGGUAAUGGAGUCGCCAAUAACUAGGGUUUUCAAUUUGUCAGAGCUAAUGGUGGGAGGAUUCGGCGUCUCAGAUCCCGUAAUGGGUGGAGGAGAGACCAGAGAAGGCUCGGCCUCUGACUCUGACUCGCUGCUUAAUGGGGAGAACCGGUUGAAAGUUUCUGUCGGCUGAAUUAGCGACACUGGUUGAGCAUUGCUACAGCAUUUCCUUCCAGAAGCCAUGAGAAAGUUGUCCAGCUGCGGGGACUGUGAGAGGGGAUUUAUACUACUAUCUGUACUUACUGGUGACUCAGACACUGUUUCAUCCUUUCCUACACUUAAAUUACCCUUGCCUAACGAUUGCGUCUGAAGCUGGGCUUGCAGCACAGCUAUCCUCGCCAUAAGGCGAUCGUUUUCCUAUAUAUUAUGAGUACAGCGACUGCAAUUAGAAGGCAUAAUGUUAAUGUUACUACUUAGCUUCGGCUGGUGGAGGUCCUGACGAAUUACGUCCAGAUAAAGCGUACGGAGUGAAAAAGUUGAAUGAAAAAAGUAGAGCGAGGGAAAAUCAAAAAAUAUAAACGGUAGUUAAAAAGUAAAAACCAUAAAGUUGGAAGGUAGCAAAGUAAGGUUAGCAACAAAAUGCACAGCAACACGUAAACAAGUCUACAAGCUGUGACCGGAAAUGACUAAGAAAAAAACUGUGUUCUACAUGUAUAUAUGAGUAUCGGACAGAGUUUAUACAGUACACACACCUAUUACAUUGAGACAGACCCAGUCAAUAGCAGUAUCAAAUCAAUAUUUAUUUGUGGUAUAGGAAGGUGUACCACUCUUACUACGAUGUGCUGAAGUCCACCACUAAACAGGGUUACGGUUCGUCAUGAGUUUAUUAAUCCCAAACUACUAGGAAUUGUAAAGGCUGAUUUAUACUUGGUCUUAAGACGUGUCUGUAGACAAUUAGAAUGUGGAAGUGUCGCUGGUCAAAAGAACAUUUCAUUUAUACUCCGGUGGAAUGCCUGUAGACUGUCGGUUCCCUUUUCGGGGACAGAUGAAGCAUGUUCAACUUUGACCCUGUCGCAGCGUCUAUUGACAUGUUUACCUCGCUGAGACAGAACAUUAACAUUAACAUUGUUUAGAAAGCGUUUAAUUGCCUGGCUUGUCAGAUUAACGUAUACUAAACCGAUGAGUGCAUUCUACAUCUGCAUUGCUUGCUGUUUGGGGUUUUAGGCUGGGUUUCUGUACAGCACUUUGUGACAUCGGCAGAUGUAAAAAGGGCUCUAUAAAUACAUUUGAUUGAUAAGUGUUAAAAUACAGGAGCCAUGCUUUUUGGAGCAUCGGGCUGUGGUGUCAUGCAGCCUGUCGUUUUUGAGUUUAUUCGUUUUUAUAACGACAACGACAAGUUUGAUGUCGGAUGACAAUAGAAUGUUCAUGACGUCACUGCGACUGUCUGCAGACAUGUGGAUAGACCAACUGUAAAGCAGCCUUAAAGUGAUGAAAGCAUGAUGAGGAUGAAGAAGUAUGGGUACUGUUGUAAGGCAUUUUAGACAGGAUAUUAGUGCUUUGUCUCCCUGCAUGAUCUGACCACUCAUCAUUGCCCUCCGGUGCUCGCCAGUUAAUGCUUUACAAUGUGAAUAUCCUCUUACGCUUUACACUGUGAACCACUGCACACAAUUUCACACUGCCAUUUCACACUGCCAAUUCAGAUGUCCAUUCCGACUGCCAUUUCACUCUGCCAUUUCUCCAAUGUGCUUGUCACCUUUCGAUGUUUCCCCUUCCACAGCAACCUAAAAUACAGUACAAGCUACACAUGUAUACCCCCUACACACACACACACACACACACACACACGCACACGCACACACACACACACACACACACACACACACACACACACACGCACACGCACACGCACACGCACACGCACACGCACACGCACACGCACACGCACACGCACACGCACACGCACACACACACACACCAUAUCCUCAAUGUGUUGUCUGACACUGCCAUUUUUCAUUCAUUGUCAGAUAUCCCUUUAUCAUAAUGUUCCUAGAUCAGAUGUCUGGUGCUACAACCAGUGCAGAAUGGGCAUUGUGCUGUUCCCAGUCCAUGUACAGUAUUCCAAUGACACAGUGUAUAUUUUAGCACAUGGGCAUAUCACUGCCUUGUUGUAAGGCUUGUAGUUGUUUUCCUGUUUCUUCCCUCUCUUUUUGGAAAUGACAUACAGUAUGUUUUACCUGCACACAUUGUGUGUAAAAAAAACGAAAUAUUAUAUAUGUGUUGUAUUAUACUUUUUUUCAUAAAUACCUGUACAGCAAUAAAGCACAAUUGUGUCCA